AUCAGUGGCCCAUGUACAAUUUGCGGCGAAACUUCAGCUGGCCGCCAUUAUGGUGUUGUCGCCUGUCUUGGCUGUAAAACAUUUUUUAGAAGAGCUGUUGUACAACAUCAGGAUACAGAAUGUAAAAGAGCCGAACCAUGCAACAUUAGUGCUGGAGCUAGAAGAGCGUGUCGGGCGUGCCGUUAUCGAAAGUGUUUGGAAAUGGGCAUGACGAAAGAAGGCAUAAGAUACCGCAAGUCAGGCUCACCAGGCUCAUCAGCUACGACGUCUGUGGGAAAUGAAUUACCGACAAUUUCGUCUGAAAAUAAAGAACUGUUAGCCUUAAUCAAACGUCUCACUGCCGAUGACAAAACUAUAAGGAAAAGGAAAUUCAGCGAAAUCCAGGCUAAGAAAGAUUUGAAAAAUCUGGCAGAAAUGUAUAAGAAGGGAAACACCGAGCCAGUUGCGUCAGACAGGUUGAUGAUAAUAUUGGGAAAUGAUAUUGCAAAUGUCACUAAAAUUGACUUAUACAAAAUGUUGGAGUGGGCGCAAACUUUGCCAUGCUUUUCAAAGCUACCGAGAGCUGAUCAACUUGUUCUGUUGCGACGGUUUGCUGUUCAAAAUUUAGUUCUUGAGCAUGGCUAUUUCACGGCUCAUCAAACGCUGGAAGACGUAUGGGUUAUUUCAAAUGGUACUUGUAUGCCAAGGAACGUUAAUACACUUCCGCCUGAAACAAAAGAAUCUGUUGAUGAAGACCGUUUAUGGCGUCAGGAGAAAUUGUAUAAACAAAUGACAAAUUCAUGCAUCGACGAGGUUGCCAUGCCGUUGCGUCGUUUGGAUCUGCUUCCUGAAGAGCUUGUUGUUUUAAAAAUAAUUAUGCUAUAUCGGUGUGGAAUCCAUCUUGAUAAAGAUUAUCCGGAAAGUUUAGGGAUUUCAGAAGAAUCGCGACGCAUAAUCAAUGAUUGCAGAAACCGUAUAAUUCUAGCUCUUUUUGCAUUUUAUCGUUCAAUUAAUUUUCCAAAUUAUGAAGAAAGAUUCGGGAAUUUGAUUUUGAUGAUAUCCGGUAUACUUUCGGCGUCUUCCGCUAUGCUAGAAAGUUAUCAGGUAAUGCGGUUGUUUAAGUAUGUUUCAUUCGACAAUAUUUCGGAGCAGCUUCUGUUUGAAACUACUCAAGCCUUGUGA